CCCCCAGAAGCUGAUGGUGCUAGCAUCGCAGCUGACCAAUGUCACCAUCACGGAGUUGCUUGUUGCGGAUCCCAUGCGGAUCGCCCGCGAGCGCUAUGGCGCGUUUUUGCAGCUUGACUCCAAGGCAGAUCGCGUGGUGCAUUUGGAUGAAGGGGAGGAUCGGGUUCACAAAAUAGCUCGCACUCGUAGUUCACAACGCCUUCAGGAGAAUAAGCAGAAAAGUAACAGACUGUCCAGUAAGGACUUUGUCGCACCUGUUCCGGCGCCGCGUAAAGUUGACAAACUCGCUCUGAUGCAAAUGAGAACAAAAGCCGGGAAGGUCGCAAAAGGGGUCAUUAUGGAGGACAG